UACGCAGGCACCAGUUGAAACUAAAUGCAACUAUUGAAACUAGUUAAAUAUUGGUUGCUUGUGAAUCCAUCACUGCGUCCUGUAUCUACUUAAACAUAAUUUAAUCAAUCACACUCAUUUUUAAAUGAUAGGUGUGUAAAUGUAGAUCAACAACCAAGUUCUAGAACUUUAAAGGGCUAGAGUUUCCUCCGCGUGCACUUCCUCUCUCAGAGUUUUAUGUUGAGGGUACCACGCAGUCAUCGGUACCACGCCGCUCGAUAAAACGUUUUGCUCUUUUGAGACCCCUCCUGUAGAGAUGCUUACUGGCUCAAGUCUAGUGGCAGCAGCCUCAGUAACACGUCCCCUUGGAGACUAGCAGGAGCAACACGUGAUGCGUCUUACUUAUCAGGUUUAGGGGAGAGGAGAGAGCAGCGCUUUGGGGACGGCCAGAGAGGAAAGCGAAAUAAGUGUUUUCCUCUCGUCUCUCAACUCUUUCUUCCUCUUUAGGAAUUUGGAAGAAAGAGGGGGGAACAAAGUUGUCUAACUUUGCACAUCCUCAGUAACGCCAUUUUGAUUCCUCUCCGGAACAACUUUGCAGCUUCUUUUUUUUUCUUAGCCCAUCAUCACCAUUCACCAUCAUCAGUAUGUCUCGGCGCAAGCAGCCCAACCCCAACAAAGUCGAACUGUGAUCAGUGGGUGCUGACACUCGAGGUGGGCAGGCAGGCCGUCGUCUCCCCCCAGCCCUGAGCUCCGAGCCCAGACACCUUUUUGCCCUGGUCUCUCGACGGUGAUGGAGAGCACCACAGAGGACACGCCUCCGGGGGGAGGAGUGAGCGCCGAGCUGAGCGCUGGAGAGACCGAGCACUCUGAGGAGAAGGAGACCCCUGACUCCACACACACACAGGACAAACACACAGGGAUUAACGGAGCGAUGGAGGAAGAGGAGGAGGAAGGCGCGGCUGGAGAAAAUGGAGAGAAUAUGACAGAGGAGGAAGGUGUGGACUUGUCAUCCAUCAACACCAUGUUGUCGACGGUGAUGAAUGCAGGCCAGCUCAACGGGGCCCUGGAGCCUUCCACACCCUCCACCCCCAUCAGCAAGACCACCCUGCCCAGACCCCCUGGUGUCAACCGCAACGCCCGGAGGAACACCACGGAAGCCAAAGACUUCAGUACAGAUUUCAUCUGUCCCCUGUGUGACAAGGACUGUAUGACCCAGCACCAGCUCACUAUGCACAUCCGACAGCACAACUCGGACAACGGGGCGACGGACCACUCAUGCAGCAUCUGUGGCAAGGCCCUGAGCUCAGCCAGCUCGCUGGACCGCCACAUGCUAGUGCACAGCGGAGAGAGGCCCUACAAGUGCUCUUUCUGCGGACAGACUUUCACCACCAAUGGCAACAUGCACAGACAUAUGAAGAUCCAUGACAAAGACCCGGCUGGCGUCGUUCCCAUCAGCCCCCCCUUGCCCACCAAGAGACGUCGCCCCUCCGCCAAGAGGAGGUCGGCCAUGGACGAGGACAAGGAGCGAAGCGACGAACCGGCCAAAAAAAAGGUGCUAGAGGAGAGCGUGUUGGAGGAGUUGGGUUCAGGCCAGGGGGAUGAUGAGGUGUUGCCGUGCCCUAUCUGCUUCAAGACCUUUGGCUGCAAGUACGACCUGGAAGUCCACAUGGACACACACCCUGACACCACGCUCAGGUGUGACCUGUGCUGCCUCUCCUUCCGGACCCACCGUGGCCUGCUGCGGCACAACGCUGGCAUUCACAAGCAGCUGCCCAUAGACCCCGGCGGACGGCCCUUCAUCCAAAACAACCCCUCCAUCCCCUCUGGCUUCAACGACCUGGCCUUCAUUGACUUCUCCUGCCACAAGUUUCCCCACAUCGCCCAGGUCUGGUGUGAGACCAACCUCCGCCGGUGCACCAGCAAGUUCCACCGCUUCGUGUGUGAAGCCUGCGACAAAGGAUUCCCCUUGCUCUCAGCCCUGGUCCUGCACAAGACCACCAUUCAUCAACAGCAGCCGUCACCCACAGGGGACGCCCAGGAGCCCCUCGUGGCCCAGGAGAAGCCAGCAACCCCGGCCCCUCAGCAGGCCAGCUUCCUGGAGACCCUGGGUCUGCAGCACAUCUCCCAGGUCAAGCUUCAACCUUCGGAGGAUGAGGUCCGGCAAGCCCAGCUGGACAGCAUCCGGGUCAUCCAGGUGGAGCCUCUGGCCUCCACCCUGCCCCACGAGGCGGAUUCCGCGGCUGCGGGAUCCCUCGGCGGCCUGGGCUUGGUGGCGGCCUCGUCCCUGCAGGGCCUGUCCCAGAGGGAGGCCCUCAGCCUGCUCUCCCUGCAGCCCUUCCCCACAGGCUUCCUCUUCCACCCAGGUGGUCGUGCUGCGGUCAAGCCUGUGUGUGGCGAGGCUGGCCUGAUGGAGCUGGCUGACAUUCAGCAGAUCCUGAAGGUGGCCUCGACCGCCCCCGGUCAGAUGGGCCUCCUGCCAUCUCUGGCCAAGGCUCCCCACUGGGGAGUGUCCGGCCAGGGCCAGGUGGCCGGCUGCAAGCCCAUGCCCCCACUGAAGCCAAAGCCCAUGGUGGCACCACGCUCCAGCCUGGCUGCCUCCACGCUGCCGCCUCUCCAGAGCACCCAGCAGGCCUCCCUGGGCUGCAACAGCCCCAGCCUGCCCCCGCCGGCCAGCCAGCUGCUCAAUAUGCCCCAAGAGUCUUCGUCAUCGUCCUCCUCUUCCUCGGGCAGCCAAGCCUCCCUGGAGAAGAUGCAGAUGGAGGCGGACUGCAUGGGCGACGCCUACAUGCCCAACGACUCGACAGAGCUGCAAAUCAAACAAGAGGAGGGCCAGGCGGCCGGAGGGAAGAAGGGGGCAGGGGGUUCCAACCGCGGCGGCGUCAAGGCCUCCUACCCCUGCCGCUUCUGCGAUCAGGUGUUUGUUUACUCCGGGGUGCUGCAGGCGCACAUGCGCUUCCACCUGGGCAUCCUGCCGCAUCAGUGCAACAUCUGCGACUACGUGGCGCCCGACAAGGCCACCCUUAUCCGCCACCUGCGCACGCACAGCGGCGAGCGCCCCUACGUUUGCCGCGUCUGCCACUACCCUUUCACCGUCAAGGCCAACUGCGAGCGCCACCUGCGCAAGAAGCACAUGAAGAACACAAGGAAAGAGAUCGAGAAGAACAUCAAGUAUGUCUCGUCGACCACCACCCAGGAUCCCUUGGAGCUGGCCUCCGCCGGCGACACCGCCUGCCGUUUCUGUGGUGAGGAUCUAAAGAGCUACCGGGCUCUCCAGAUCCACCUACGCACCCACAACGGCUGCCAGCGCAAGCCCUUUGAGUGCCGGCGGUGCGGGGCGGCUUUCCUGGCAAAGAGGAACUGCAUCCACCACAUGCUCAAGCAGCACCCCGAGGUGCAGGAGCGGGAGAUCGAGGAUCACAUUGCCACCCUUCUCCCCGCCAUCACAGCCACCACCUCCAGGGCCAGCUCCAGCAGCCCUCUGGCUCUCAACGGCCUUACGCCCACCCCCAGUGCCACUGUGCAGCCGGUCAAGGUGGAGGAUCUCAGCAUCUACUGCUCCUCUGGUGACUUGGAUCAGCCAUUGGACUUCUCCAACAAGAGCCGCAGGGGGGGUGGGACCAGCAGCGGUUCAGGGAGCCUAGCCGGUUCUCCUGGGAUCAAACUGGAGACGGUCAGCCUGGUAGCCUACGACUGCUCCAUGGAACCUAUUGACCUGUCCAUCCCCAAGAACCCCAACAAGAGGCUGAAGAGAGACGCCACCGCUGUUGACCCAGUGAGUGUGGAGCGCCGAGAGAUCAAAAAGGAGCUGCCCUUCCCCAGCGUACUGGACCACCUCCCCUCAGCCCUUCAGCUGGACAAGAGCUAUGAGGAGAAUCUGAAAACCCCCCAGUCUGGCUCUUACCAGCUCCCCCCAGUGACCAUCUCCCCGCUUCUCAUUAGUACCCCUACUGCCACAGGCCGGGCGCUCCGUCUCAAGCCCCUGCUGCCCAAACCGACCUCUUCUUCCUCCUCCCUGAAAGAGCAUCCCCCUCUGGCUUCCAUCGCCCAGAUCAUCUCCUCCGUCUCAACGGCUCCAGAUUUGCUCAAGAGGGAGCCCACGCCGGAUAACAAGGCUGGCGCCGGCGUCAAUGGCCUCCAGACAGAACCGGAGCGUUUAGUUGGGGGCGACAACAGCUCUGAAGCCUCGAUGGAAGAACUCCCCCUAGAGGGCUCGUCCAGAAAGCGCACUAGGAAGAAGCCACCGAGCCAGGCCAAGACUAUGGCACCUGUGCGUGUGCCCACGCCCGACCAGAACACAGACAGCGGCAUGGACCUGGAGUCCAGUGGGGAGUUUGCCAGCGUGGAGAAGAUGCUAGCCACCACCGACGCUAACAAGUUCAGCACCUACCUACGGACGAGUGCGGUGGAGCUUGGAAGGAGGGACGAGGGGAGACAGAGCCCGGGAGAGGAGAAAGAGGAGAAAGAGUCGCCUCCUCAGUCUGUGCCGCCCCAGUCCAAAGGAGGAAAGAAGAAUGCCUACUCCAACUCAGUGCAGAAGAUGACCUGUCCCUUCUGCCCCCGGGUCUUCCCCUGGGCCAGCUCCCUGCAGAGGCACAUGCUCACACACACUGUCUUUUCUAAUGUGCUGUCGGCUACAGGUCAGAAGCCCUUCCCCUGUCCCAAAUGUGACGCCUUCUUCUCCACCAAGUCCAACUGUGAGCGCCACCUGCUGCGCAAGCAUGGCGUCACCAACCGCUCGCUGCGGCGCAACGGCCAAAUGUCCAAGAACAAGGACGGCGACGAGGGUUCACACGACAGCGCAGAGAGUUCUGAGAAUGAGCAGACUGCAGGAGAGGCUCUGGACCUGAGCAGCAUGGACCCCGAUCAGAAAAGCUCUGCAUCCGAGUCGCCCAGCGCAGACCAAACACCAGACACUGCUGAGCUGCUGCUAAGGGAGAUGGAACCGCAACCUAACAACAACAACAACAUUGAAAAUGACGAAAACGACGAUUCGCAGAGCAACAAGAGCUUGGAUCUCAACUUCGCCAGCAAGCUCAUCGACUUCAAGUUCUCGUCAGAAGGCCAGCAGCCCCAGACCUCCCUGGUUGGAGAUAAGGUGGUGGCGGUGGCCGAGCCAGAUAGAGUGACGGCCGCCCAGCAGCAGGACCAAGAGCCCUCCAAGUACACCUGCAAGAGCUGCAAGAAAAACUUCCGUUAUGCCGCCACCCUGGCUCGCCACGAGAAGGCACACUUGUGUGAGACUGCACCCCCCGAAGAGGCUUGUGGAACAGAGGAGACUGGGCCUGCCCCAGAGGAUCUCCCCAACACUACUACAACCACCGCCGAGGAGGAGGAUCAGGAGGAGGGAGAGGGAGAGAAGGAGGCUCCGGAAAGCGAGGGAGUGGGCAGCGUGAUGGACAGUGGUUCAGAGGAGGAGGAGGAGAAGAAGGAGGAGAGAAGUGACGAGGAGGGGGCAGCAGAACCAAAGAAUGAAGGAGAGGCAGGCAGAGGGUCGGGGAGCAAGGCGGACAAGAGGAAGAAGAUCUGUAACGUAUGCAGCAAACGCUUCUGGUCACUGCAGGAUCUGACAAGACACAUGCGUUCGCACACAGGUGAGAGGCCCUACAAGUGCCAGACGUGCGAGCGCACCUUCACCCUGAAGCACAGCCUGGUGAGGCACCAGCGGAUCCACCUGAAGCCGCGGGGCAGCGAGGGGGCAGAUGGAGCUGAUGCCAAUGGGGCAGAAGCCCCGGCCGGAGACUCAGCUAGUGAGGAGGGAGAGUGCACCCCCACCAGCACCUGCCCUCCUUCAGAAAACGAGAGUGAAGGCACCGGAGGGGCCAGGGAGGAGGGAGGCGAGGGAACUGAGAAAGAGGCCCCUCUGCCAGGCCCCACAUCCCUGGCCCAGUCCCUGUCCACCACUGAACCAGCCCAGUCAGAGUCAGCUACAGAGGCCAUAGCUGAGCCGCUCGUUGAGCCAGUCAUGGAAGCAGUCUCGGAAGUAGUCUCUGAAUCCGUUCCUGACCCGUCUGUAGAACAAACCUCAGACGGACCCUCUGAAACAGCUGUAGAACUAGACGCUGAGGUAUCAGCCUCUGAAAUGGCUAGAGAAACAGAUGGCAAUGCAGCCACUCAAACACCAACAGAAACCCCCAAAGAAUCUUCCACAGAGUCCCCAGCCCCACAGCCCACUACCCCAGAGAAAGACCCCGAUGGCCCCUCGGAAGGCUUCAUCCAAGGCCUACUGGAGAUCCACACAAAGCCUUCCCUGGAGCACAUCCUUCCCGCUGGCGAGGCUCCCUUGGUGGGUGUUGAGUGAGGGAGGCACCCUCCUUCCUACCCCCAGUCUCUGGUUCUCUUUAUGCAGUGGACCGCUGUAUGUGCCGCAGUGCCAUAAGAUAGAAGUACUCCUAAAGAAUGCAAGACGAUGAAAUCAAGAAGAAACACCUUGUUUCUAAGUGCCUUACUACUUCUAUUUUGUUAGUUUUUUUGCUAUAUCUUUAUCUACAUUUAUCUACGGAGGAUCUAAUUUUUUAUAGCGUUUAUGAUGAUUACAUAAUUGUUUUUGGAUUCUAUGAGAUGAACUUUGAAUAAGCAAUAAAUGAAAUCAAAUUUACCAUGACCGAUUUAUAUUAAAUGAUCAAGUGUGUGACAGACAAAAAUAACUGUUAUUGUAUAUUUAAACCACAGUCGUACCUUAAAAACAAUGCUGAGACUGAGAAAAGACUUGAGUAAGUUCACCAGCAGUGGGGAUAAAGUCACUUAUGUAACUGGAAACACAGCUAGAGCAGAUACUCGUCAGGCUGUCACAAAGGUGUCCUGAAAAAAGACUGUCGUUCUCUCCUCUUCAACUUGAUUUACUCUCUCAUGACCCCUUAUCCCUGAUAACCAUCAUCGAUAGUCUCUGUUUGUAUUGAGAAUACAUGAAUGAACUGUGACAUGAUUUGGUGUUAGGAGGCAAAUCAAAGAAAACAGACCUGACAAUGGAUAGCGAACCAUAUCUGAGAUCUAUGCUUUUGCUUUCCCCUAGGCUCUCUUUAUCUUGCCAUGAUAUGGGCAAUAUUUGCCUGAAACGUGUGUUUUUUCCCUGAAUCAUUCUCAUUUAAUUUCAUGUGCGUUGACCAUUGUGUGUGUGUGUGUGUGUGUGUGUGUGUGUGUGUGUGUGUGUGUGUGUGUGUGUGUGUGUGUGUGUGUGUGUGUGUGUGUGUGUGUGUGUGUGUGUGUGUUAUUCAUUCAGGAGAGGUUGGGGGAUAUAAGGUGUUUGAGGAAAUGUACUUUUCCAGAACAAAAGGGCUUGAUAUGUGUACCCCCCCCCAUAUCUCUCACUGUCACUUUCUAGCGUUCCUAGAAACUUGUACUGUGUCUGUACUACCACCAGUGUGUCCGGCUUGUGUUGUCCACCUCCCCCUUAGUGGAAACUCAUUUCCUUGCCGCUCCUUUAGACGUCUUCCAAAACCAACCGUCACUGUGUUCUUAAAGGCCUACUUGUAGUUCUGCUGGGUUAUUUUGAUGCAGAACCUCACCUCGUGCUCUAGGUGGAACACUACUCUGUUUUGUCUACUUGAACUUUUGUAGCCCUGCUGCCUCCCAUUCAGGCAGCCACCUUCCACCACGCCACUCGCCCCCCCUUCCACCCUCAAGAGCAUCUUUUCCGAGGUGGGACUCAAAUGUCAAUCAUGUCACCUUGCGGGGUUGAAUUUUGUCUAAAUGUAUGUGUUUUUUCUCCUUUUCUUCUCAUUUUAUAUUUAAAAAAAACUCAGAAGCAAACAAAUCAAACCUCAUGGCGCGGUAAGACGCAGGCAGCAUCGGCUGGCUGGAGGCUGACGGACCAAGAGCAGAGAGCACUGGACUAGUCAGCCUCUGCCAGGCAACUGCCCAUAUGGCACUAACAAAUUACAAACAAACCUACUACGACAAUAAACAGCUAAGCAAUCAGAGAGAAUGAACUGAAGUGAAUUUCUGAGCUGUGUUUGGAACUUGAACGUAACACAGAGUAUUAAGUGGAGGGAAGAGGAGGGGGUGCGGCGCAUUGACAGGUGGGGAGGCAAGUACUCCAUGCAGAAAGAAGUCUGCCCUCUAGUGGCCGUACCACAGUAUCUCCCCCAUCCCAAUCCUGCUCUCAGGCACUGGGAAAGUAUUGUCAGAAUAGAAUGCUAAAUGAAAUUGUGUUGUAAAAAAACACUGUGUUAAGGGACUCACUCAGCUUAUCUCAUUUAUACCUUUGACCCUGUGUGGGUGUAUGAUUAUGAGUCCCAUGAGAAUGCACAUGGACUGUUUUUAUUGUAUUUAUUUGGAAAUCCGGUGAGGGGUGAAUAGAUGUGACUUGAGGAGAAGCCAUGUAUUAUUACCACAUUGAUGCUGCAGAGAAUACCGGAUUCAAAUCCACAAAAUGGUCGCCCAGCAUCGGCCCGGGACUUCUAUUAGCAAUAAUCACUAUUGAUUUGAAAGCUUUAUGUAGACCUUUGUAUUUGUUUAUAGACUGUGUGGGUCUAUUUUUGUUUCAUUUAUUAUUUUUAGUUUGGCUAAGUUUUUUUCUUUUUAUCAGAUAUAUAAAUAUGUAUAAAACUGUGAAAUUCAUUGUGUUUCAGAUAAUGGGUGAGUUUCUGGCUUGUUUUGCAUGUAACCCUAAUUUGUUCAAUUAUGGAUGAUUUAUUUUUUCUCUCCAUCUCGCUCUCAGGGUCUUUAUAAAAUGCAUAUUCAAUACUUCAUUUUCCUGAGUUGCAAGAAGUUCUUACAAGUUCUUUUUUUACGAUUAAAACUGUAAAUCACUACAUUUAGCACUUGACUGUGAACUGCAAUCAGCAGAACAGAGAAAAUGAACUUGUGCAAAAAAUCCUCUUGGUUGAGAGCGUGCUGUCAGCAGGAAUCUUUUUUUAAUACUAUACCCAUUAUUAUUUUUUGUCUGCUUUUGAUUGAUUAUACAUUUUUACCCCCUCCCUCAAAUUGCAGUCACCUCUCGUUUCAACCUCUCUCAUUUGAAGAGGAAAUCAAAUUGUGACUGUAAAAACCAAUGAAAGUGGCUGUGUCACUGUCUGACGUUCUGACCUUUUGUGGAAGGGAACUUUGUGUCGCUGCUAUGGCUACACCAGAACUCACCUCAUAAAUGGGCCUGGAUCAGAACCUUUAACGUUAGCUACACUGCCCCCCUCCCUCCUGGUAUUACAGCGCUUCAGAAUCAGAAAUGUAAGCUGUUCUGUGUCUAAAAAAUAAAAGCAAUAAAGAUAUAUUAAGGAAAGGUGUGAAUCAAA